CAGAUUAAAUCCACAUCAGCAAAAACAGAAUCAUGUCGAGGAGUUGUGCGAUCGUUCUGGCGCUGUGCGGUUUCGCAGCAGUCACCACCCUGCCCGGUUCCACUGCACAGGCCCUCAGUGCAUACGAUACAUCAGCAUCCGACAGCCGUAGCUCAUGGGACGCGCUGGGCGGCCUCUACGCGUUGUUAGCCCAGCACGACGCGCUGGGCGGGCACGCGCUCGCGCGCAAAUCCGUGCGCUCGCCGUCGCGCCGCCUGCGCUUCGGCCGCCGUUCCGACCCCGACAUGCCGCCUCAGGCUCCGCUUGACGAGAUGGACGAACUUCUGUCCCUGCGCGAGGUCCGCACCCCCGUGCGCCUGCGCUUCGGCCGCCGCUCCGACGAGCAUGCUGUCCCUCACAUCUUCCCUCAGGAGGAACAAGACCGUGCUGUGCGUGCUCCCUCGAUGCGUCUGCGAUUCGGCCGUCGGUCAGACAACAACAUGUUCCUCAUGCCUUUCGAACCCUCCCUGCCCAAGGAAGUGAAAGCCAGCAGCUCCAUUGAAGACGACAGACAAGAUUAAGCCUCCGAACUCGCCGCUCGCAUAGUCAUAUCCACUCCGUACAACACACUCAAUACUCUAAGGCCAACCACUUACUUAUCAGAAUAAAUAUCAAAUUUAAAUUAAAUGUUAUUCCGUACUCGUAAGUUAUAUGUACAUAAUCAGUCGUUAUAAAUGUUGUUGACACCCGCUCUCUAAGCCUAUCCCUUUUCGUAUUUAAUGAACUGUGAUUAUCUCGAUACUGUAACUUUUCACUCGAAUACUCAAAUUUCAUAUUUUAUAGAUACUUACAGAUGAUAUUCUAGUCAAUAUUAUGAUUAAGACUGUCUGUUAUGUUCUUCAAUCUCUGUAUUUUUAUUGUUGUAGGACCUCAGCGAAGAGUUAUACAUUUUUAGAGCUGGGCAAAUGUAAAACUACUUCGCUUCGUAAUUAACUUUCUACUUACUACUAAGUUACUGCAACAGUAUUUAAAUGUUGUACUUAAUUCAAUGUAAAUCAUGGCGUAAUUAUAUUAUACAUUAAGUGUAGUGAACUAUGUUUAAUUUUGUAUAGAUAUUAAAUAGUGCAAUUGAUGAGUUGAAAUAUAAAAUAUU